AUGUGCAUAGCUAUCAUCUCAACCGAGCAUCCCGACUACCCGUUCAUAUUGCUAAACAAUAGAGAUGAAUUUCUUCACAGGCCAACGCAAGAAGCAGCUUGGUGGCCAGCCCCAGACGACCAAGUGCUAGGCGGUUACGACCUCCACCGACCCGCACAUGGAACAUGGCUCGGAAUAACCCGCCAAGGGCGGAUCGCCGUCCUCACCAAUUACCGAGAGGACACGCAGGAGAUGGCCAUUGGCGCUCGUAGCAGAGGGCUUAUCCCAAACGCCUGGCUCAAAUCGGAUCCAAAGGCCCACGAGACAUCCGAACAGUUUGCUAAGCGGAUGCUUGAAGAGGAGGGCGUGAAAGGCGUAGGAGGAUUCAGUCUGCUUUAUGGUUUCGUACAAGAUGUAGUCAAAAGAGAAGACGGGGAUGGUCUGGGUAUUGUGUCAAACCGCACACCAGACGUGGACGGCAUCAUCCAUGUAGCGAAGAAUCCUGGCGAGACGCACGCGCUCAGCAACACAGCAUAUGGUGACCAGUCAUGGCCAAAAGUGGUCAACGGUGAGAAAUGGACAAAAGAAGCGAUAGACCAAAGCGUCGAGAAGAAGGAAACGCGGGAGCAGCUCGUGCAACGAUUACUGGGGGUCCUGAGCAUCGAUACAAUGCCCAAGCAGAAGGAGAAUGAAGAGUGGGAUAUGUACAUGAACCAGCUCCGGCACAGCAUCUUUAUCCCUUCAAUUGGCCGAGACCAUUUGGAAGAGCUCAAAAUGCCCGCUCAUGAGAUCGGAGAUGUGGUCAAGCAGAAAGCGGCGAGUGCGACGGACGGUGUGUAUGGUACGCAGAAGAAUAUCGUCAUCAUGGCGAAUAAGCAGGGUCAAGUGUUCUACUUUGAGCGGACACUCUACGAUAGGGAUGCGCAGCCGAUUGAGAAGGGCAAAGGUGACCGAACUUUCGAAUACCACAUUGAAGGAUGGUAA